GGAAGAGAAACUCAGGUGGCUUUUUGCCUUGCCGUCGAAGCUGGCUCUUCAAGAAAUUCCAUGUAUGAUGCCCAGCCACCCCGCCCAACAUCUCCCCUCCGUCUCCCAACCAAGCAGAGCGGCGUCCUCUGAAGAGCUUUAGCCUUCCACGUUUUGAUCCGGUGCUGUUAAACCAACCCCCAAACGGGUGCGCAUAUCGGCGCUCUGUCACCGCUUCUCAAUCCCCGCGACCUGACUUCUGCCCCUCCCUCCGAUUUGCGCCGCGCCGCUCAAGUCACAAUGUCACAACCGGGAUCCGACGAGGAAGGGAAGAGGAAGCGGGACAAAGUGGGAGAGUUCCUGAAGAAGAAUAUCACGAAAGGCGAGCUCGCGGUUAAGCAUGCCAUCGGCCUGGGCGCUAAGCCUAAUGUCAUCCCCGUGACGCAACCUAUCCUCGACGGCCCGCCUCGUGUGGUCGAGGUCGGUUGGCACCCCGUCGGGGGGCUCGCCGGCAAGUGGUUCGCCGAGGAGACCGGCCUGGGCAAGAUGAUCACGGAGAAGAUCAACAAAUACCCCGAUCCCACGCAGCACUGGGCCGUACUCGUCGGCGACUUCGCGCAUCAGUUAUGGAUGGACGAGAAUUUCCACGUUAUCUACACUAAUGAGCGGUAUAAGCGCGAUGAAUGGAGGACAUUCACGGUGGGCGAGACGCGCUUCAACGAUGAUGCAAUCCGUCGAGCGGGCGAGUACGUGAUCCAAAGCAUCAGAUCUCGACACCCGGUAUACAAUCUUAUCAGCAACAACUGCCAGACCUACGUCUUGGAGCUCCUAGACGCAGUCAAAGUCGACGGGCAAAAGGAUUUCGGCACCACCCUCGCCGUCUAUGAGAGACUGUUCAGUUCCGGAAAAGUCAUCGAUCUCUUCAAUGGGGAACAGAGGCCAGAGCAACAACAGCAGCAUCUGCUGGAAGCGCCUCCGCUGCAGUAUCCCCCGCUCCCACCGUCGCCCGCUUCGCCGCAAGGCGGAGCCGCAUCGCCGCAGUACCAAUACAGCCUCCCCCCGGCGCCACCGCCGCCGCCGCCGCCGCCGCCGCCUCGCCCAUCUAGUGAUCCGCUUGCUCACCGCCCGGGUACGGUUUCGCACGCACAAAAAGUCAUGAACGACAACACCACACAGCUAGAUACACAGGAGGAGGCGAGCAAGCCGAGGGGUUUCAAUAUGGGGACCAAGCAGAUCAAGGAGGCCAAGCGUGGAUUCCUUUCACGAUUCUCACGGAAGGGAUCAUCCAAUUGAGCGCUGUCGGGCCGCUAUUGCGCGCUAUGCCGUCAGAUUCAUCUCUCGAUUGUAUCGCGGUUCUUGGUUUUUUUUUCUUCUUCUCCCAUAUACCCUUUUACGACCUUUUUCAUGGAAUGACAGACGACAAGGGGAACGAUGGAUAGAGAUUCAUCCGGGGACGGCGUUUAGAGGGGCUGGUUGGCGUUAGCUAGCCUGGAGCAGUAGUCACCAUUGUACAUGGUGCAUUUUAGGUAAUGGCAGAGAUCAAUAUUCUUUGACGCGUGAUUCUAGACCAUCGCUUUUCGAG